AUGGACGGUUGGAUGAUCAAGGCGUUUGGAUCAAUUCUGGAUCACUGGAUGGGACAUGUUUCUUUUUUCACUUCUUGCACUUAUGCACCGUUUGCGAUGCCUGGUUUCUUCAAUUCUCUGUACAAUAUUCCCCCACCAUUUGAACUUUUCUUGGUCUUCAUCUUAUUCUUGCUUCAGCUGGUUGAUCUGAGCUUUCUUUCUGCGUCUGCUAUAUUUUGCAUGCUUGUUGCUUUGCUUGUUUUUGAAACUGGUCUGGUCGUCGGGAGUUUGAAUCCUCGGAUGGAUGCAUGCAAACAAACACACGGAUCGUUUGUCCUUCAUCAGGGCUUUGGAUAUCUAUCUAUAUAG